AUGUCGGUGAUAUUGGUUACAGGCUCUUAUGAUCAUGAAAUCCGUUUCUGGGAGGCAUGGAGUGGUAUCUGUUCACGAACUAUCGCCCGUACUGGAGAAUCUGGGCAAGUAAAUCGUCUUGCAAUUUCCCCUGAUAAACGCUUACUUGCAGCAGCCAUCCACAAGAAAGUCAAUAUUUAUGAUAUUGCCAGCUCUUCAUCUGAGCAUCUUAUCACCUUUGAGGGUCAUAGCAGGAAUGUGACAUCUGUCUCCUUCCAUAGCGAAGGCAAAUGGUUGGUAACGGGGAGUGAGGACGGAACAAUCAAAAUAUGGGAUCUUCGAAGUGGACAUCUACAUCGAACUUACGAUAAUGGCAAUGCCGUGAACGAUGUCUGUGUUCAUCCGAAUCAAGGAGAACUCAUCUCUUGCGACCAAGCCGGGAGUAUAAAGCAAUGGGAUCUUUCAGAAAAUAUAUGCUCACAUGAACUGACUCCCGCAGGAAAAACACCUAUUCGUUCAAUAAGCUUGGCUUUGGAUGGUUCUUGUUUGGUUGCUGGUAACAACAAGGGCCAAUGUUACGUGUGGAAGGUAAACGACGAAAGCUCUGGUCUUCCUCGUUUUCAGGCAGUCACUACCUUUCAUGCGCAUAACAAGUACCUAACCCGAUGUUUAUUAAGCCCUGAUGCAAAAUGCUUGGCUACGUGUUCUGCAGAUACCACAGUCGCAAUUUGGUCGAUAUCCCCGAACUACGAGUUCAAGCUUGAAAGAUCGUUAAUUGGUCAUCAACGCUGGGUAUGGGACUGUGCCUUUAGUGCAGAUUCAGCGUAUUUGGUGACAGCAUCCUCCGACCACACUGCGAGGUUGUGGGAGAUGGCGUCAGGAGAGACGGUGCGCCAAUACAACGGGCAUCACAAAGCUGCUGUCUGUUGUGCUUUGCACGAUGGUGCUGGAUAA